GACGUCAUCACGUUCUAAAAAUAUUGGAGAAAAAAACAUUUGAUUGCGAUAUUCAUUUGCUUAAAAAAUAAUUUAGCAUUUUUACAAAAACUUACCAGGAUGUUUAAACUUCUGAAGAAAUUGAUACUCAGAAGGAAACUCAAGCAAGUUUCCAAGAAAUUCAAGGAAGAGAGCAUUCCCUUGAUUGAGGAGGUAUUCAGUAGCCUGCCCGAGAUGGUUGACUCUGAUGGAGGGCCUGCUGCUCCUAUCGUUUUCACUGCCGUAGACGAUAUCUGCACAUCACCCUACGGCUAUAAGAGAUCCAUACAUCGCGCUUGGAGACACAGUUUCUACGUUCUGAGACAGGAUCAGCUUGGUCUGGUGGAAGGAAAUGUUAGAAGAAAGUCUGGAAAAGAACAGAUAAUCUUUCAUUUGCUGAAAAGAAUUCAUAAUUUUCCAUUUUUUCAAUUUCAAAUUGAUACCUUUUUCUUUAGAUAUCCCAUGAUCUGGGGAAAAAUAGAAAGUUCUUCAUUCGAAAUGAACAUUUCAUAAUAUUUAUUUUCCUCAAUUUCAUAUAUAUGAGUUUUUGUUUCAGAUUUCCCAUGGUCUGGAGAAAAAUAGAAUGUUCUUCAUUCUAAAUUAACAUUUCAAAAUAUUUAGUUUCCUCAAUUUUACGUACAUGCUUUUUUCUUUCAGAAUUACCACGUUCUGGAGAAAACAGAAAGUUCCUCAUUUUCAACUAACCAUUCAUAAUUUUUCAUUUCUUCAAUUCAAAACUAAUACUUUUUUCUUCAGAUUACCUACAGUCUGUAAAAAAUUGGAAAAUGGAAAAAAUUGGGCCUGGAGAAAUAAACUGUUCAUUUUCAAUAAUUACUUUCUAAUAUUUCACGGCUUAAAUUUCACACUAAAAUUUAUUUAAAGGAACGAAAGCAGUCUGGAUGAAAAUUGAAUAUAAAAUAAGAUGGUCUACAGAAAAAAUAGAUAAUUUAUUAUUUACAAUAAUAUUUCAAUGCUUAAAUUUCAAACUAAUGAUUUUUUUUAACAGUACUCUUCUCGGCUGGAAGAGAAAAAGAUUUAUUUCAAAUGAAGAAUUUAUAAUCAUUGCUAAAAUUUAAAAUGCACUUUUUCUAACAGGGUUGGAGAAAAAUUGAGAGUGGCAAAUGUCAGUUUGAAGAAAACUAAAAUAAAAUUCAUUAAUUGUUAAAAAAUCUAAAUAUUUUGCUUCUCAAAUUCUUUCGUAAAAGUCAUUUUAAUAUAGGUGAUAGCAACGCUUGAAUACGCCAUCUGGGAAGAAGACAGGUUCCACGCCUUCGGCCCUUCUUCCUUCCCUCUCCUCCUCUAUUCAGUUGUAUAGUAAUGUACUAUGAUAUUUUUCCUUUUCUUAAUAUUUCUCAUUUUUAAUUAAUAAAAAUAUUUUUGA